GGGUCAAAAUAGAAACUUCCUAUUUGAAAAACUCCUGACAUCUCAAAAUUUCAAAACAAAAAUACCGCGUGGCAGCAGCCGCAUUUUAGAAUUAUUUGUAACAUUUCUCCCUUCCCUUAAUCUCUCUCUCUCUCUCGUCCAUUUUCCAUUUCAGCCUUUUCCAGGGUUUUGCUGUUUCUCGUAGGUAAACAAGGACAGAGAUGGGGCAACAGUCGCUGAUCUACAGCUUCGUCGCUCGAGGCACGGUGAUUCUGGCGGAGUACACGGAGUUCACAGGGAAUUUCACCAGCAUCGCCUCUCAAUGCCUCCAGAAACUCCCCUCUUCUAACAACAAAUUCACUUAUAACUGUGAUGGCCACACCUUCAAUUACCUGGUUGAAAACGGCUUUACCUACUGUGUGGUUGCAGUUGAAUCUGCUGGAAGACAAAUUCCAAUUGCCUUUCUGGAGCGAGUUAAGGAAGACUUCAACAAGAGAUAUGGUGGAGGAAAAGCUGCAACUGCUCAGGCCAAGAGCCUGAAUAGAGAGUUUGGGUCCAAACUGAAGGAGCACAUGCAGUAUUGUGUGGAUCAUCCUGAAGAGAUCAGCAAACUUGCAAAAGUGAAGGCUCAAGUUUCCGAAGUUAAGGGUGUGAUGAUGGAAAACAUUGAGAAGGUUCUUGAUCGUGGUGAAAAGAUUGAGCUGCUGGUGGAUAAAACUGAGAACCUUCGCUCACAGGCACAAGAUUUCAGACAACAGGGAACUAAGAUGAGAAGGAAGAUGUGGAUUCAGAAUAUGAAGAUAAAAUUGAUUGUUUUGGGUAUUAUCAUUGCCUUGAUUCUGAUCAUAGUGUUAUCCGUCUGUCAUGGUUUCAAAUGUUAAUUUCUGUUGAAUUUCAUCGGAUGCUAUCUGUGCUGGCAAGCUGACAGGAUUGUCUGGCUAAAUUGUUUUCGCCUUUCUUCUGAGGAUCCAUCUUGCAGAUCUCUCUCUAUGGGGUCAUUUAGGUUAACACCUUUCCCUUCAUGUUAGCCUUUAGGGAUGUGAGAAGGUUUGUAUUUUGGAUUGGUUGUAUAGGUUUAUGUUGAACUUCCCAUGGUAGAUAUUUUUCCUUGCCCUUAUAAUAUUUGCUCAAGAUGUAAUGGAAGAUGCCUAAUGCCUGCAGUUUGGAUUACCCCUCUGGAAUGCUAUUAUGUAUCGUCUUUUUGUA